GAGCAGCAGAUUGGUACUCACCUCCUUAUCGACGUUUUAAAGCAUGAAUCUCACACGCUUUGAUGAGUGCUGCGCCUUCGAGGCUCCCAUCCUAGACCAGCUUUUGCCUCCGAUACUGGUCCUUGAGUUCAUGUUUGGACUGGCGGGUAACGUUGUGGCGCUGUGGAUGUUCAUCUUCCACAUGGAUACAUGGAAGCCGAACUCUGUGUACCUGACUCACCUGGCUGUGGCAGACUCCAUCGUGCUGUUCUGCCUCCCUUUCAGAGCCGACUAUUACAGACGGGGGAAAAACUGGCUGUACGGUGACGCCUUUUGUCGAAUUCUUCUCUUUUUGCUUGCCGCAAACCGCGCCGCCGGGAUCUUCUUCCUCACGGCUGUGGCUGUCGACCGGUACUUCAAGAUCGUCCACCCUUUGAAUCGAAUCAACAGGUUGGGUCUUUGUUACGCUCUCUGGGUCUCGCUCUGUCUCUGGGGUCUGAUUUUUCUCGCUACCGGGUAUCUUCUCGCCGAUGAGCACUUUUUCACAAGCAACAACCGUACUCAGUGCGAGAGUUUCAACAUCUGCAUGGGCUUCAGCCCCCUCUCCACCUGGCACAACACUUUCUACAUCGUCCAGUUUUUCCUCCCCACGGCAAUCGUCGCUUUCUGCACCAUCAGAAUCACCUGGCAGCUGAAAAGCAGGACUGUGGACAAAAAUGGGAAAAUCAAACGUGCCGUGCAGUUUGUCUCCGCUGUGGCUCUGAUCUUCAUUACCUGCUUCUUCCCCAGCACCAUUUCACGCAUAGCCGUGUGGAUCCUCAAGGCGUGGUAUCAAGAAUGCAAGUAUUUUGAGACGGCUAACCUGGCGUUCUACACAUCCGUUUGUUUCACAUACUUCAACAGUGUCCUGAACCCAGUGGUGUAUUAUUUCUCGAGCCCGGCAUUCAGCGGCACCUUCCAGAAGCUCCUGAAUAAACUGCUGAGAAGGAGCAAUGAUGAAACUGAUACAUCUGAGAAUGACAUUUCCACGGUUGAUGGCAGAAGAAUAUAAAACCAGCUGCUAUUUCAAACUGUUACAUGAAUGCAUGAUGCAUUUCAAAGUUCUGGCUACUGAUAAAAAAUGAUCCUGAUUUAUAACUAAUAAGAUUUAGUGAAGAGGUUAUGCUGUGACUGUUACAACAAAAUUGAACAGCCUGUAAAAUUAGCAAUUUACUGUUGUGUGUACUUGCAUAGGCUUAACAUAACCCCUCAAAUGUAAAAGCCCA